UCUCGACGCCGCACCCGAUCCGCUUCUCCCUCCCCUCACCAAGCCGCACCCCAUCCUCCCUCCCCUCACCAAGCCGCACCCCAUCGCGCUCUCUUCCUCUCCACGCGGCUUCUCCCUCUCAUCACCACGCGCAACACAUCUAGCGUGCGCAUGUUCAGCGGCGGCGGAAACCCUAGGGGCGGCGGCGGCGGAGGCCCCAGGGGCUGCGGCGGCGGAGGCCCCAGGAGCGGCGGAGGCGGAGGCCCCAGGGGCGGUGGUGGCGGAGGCCCUAGGGGCAGCGGCAGUAGCAAGCCUAGGAGGGGCGACGGAGGGCUAGGUUGUGGCCGCGGCGAUGACAGCGACCUAGGGUUGGGUUAUGGCGGCGGCGGCAGCGGCAGCGAUGAUGGUGGCGGAGGGUUGGGUUUUGGAGUUUCUGGCGGUGGCGGAGGCUUACGCAAGAGAUUGGGUUGUGGCGGUGACGACGGAGAUGGGCUGCGGAGUGCCUCCCUGAUGCGCAGUAAGAAACGGCGUCGAGGCAUGUGGUACUCGCGAAGAUACGGACACUUAUUGGAAGAAGGCAAGAAUUUUGUUUUGGAUACACAAGAUGGGUCCGACGAUGACCAGUUCGAGUUCAUCCCUGAUUCCGAUGAUGAAGCCGAGGACCAUCAGUUCUCCUUGGACCAGGAGUUUGUGCCCGAGACUGAAUUCCAGGAUUGUGGGGAAGCGGAGGAGAAGGGUGGUAGGAUUGAAGAGUGCAGUAAAGUGGAGGAGAAGGGUGGUGGGAUUCAAGAUUGUGGGGUAACGGAGGAGAAUGUCGAUGUGAUUCAGGACUGUAAGAAAGUGGAGGAGAAGGGUGGUGAGAUCUAUGGUGGCAGCAGCAUGGGGCACUCACAUGAUGGAGGGACACGGACUGCUGCCCGGAGGGGCGGAUGGCAUAUUCGAGGCAAGUGGUUUGAACGUAAAUCCGGCUACUUAUUAGAAGAAGGCAAAAAUAUAAUCUUUGAUAGCCAGGAUGGGCCUGAUUUGGAUGAGUACGAGUUCUGGCCUGAUUUGGAUGAUGAAGGUGGUGGCUUGAUACUUGAUUGGUUCGAUGGUUCGAUGAAGGUGUCCACUUCGUCGAAUGCUUUUUACCCACAGGGAGGUGACUUGCGGCAGGGGACAAUGGCCAACCAAGGUGGUGGACCGAGCAAGCACAUCAUGGUGGAGGCCUCCAAUAUUAGCGGGCAGAGCAAGGACGUGUCUAACCCACUGAUGCCCAACAAGGAGGAGAUACACGGCGAGGAGAAGAUACCCAACGACAAAGAAAAUGGUGGUGAUGUGUUUGGUGGCGUGGAACAGUUUGGUUAUUCACAGGAGGAAGAAUACGAGCCCAUUGAUGACACCAAGUUGGAAAUGCUUCGUCUACUGAUCCCAGGUUACAUCCAGUGUUUCCAACCAAAAAAAAAGUAGUGUUCUGAUUAUGUGACAUGAAUAGUGUGCCAUCUACCUCCAACUUGUUAUUAGUCUAAAGUAUGAACUCAUAAUGAUUGGGCUGCAUAGUUCAUCCUAUGAUGCUAUAUGUUGUGGUUCUGUUUUGGUGGCAUCUUUUGGAAAUAUGGUUAUGAAAACAUCUUAAUGAAAUGCUAUGUCUCUAUUCGAUAGCAAUACAAUCAACUUGUAUAAUGAAAUACUAUUCUUUUUAUGUG